UACCUUAAAUUGCUGCAGACGUACGGCACUCAUUCGGAAGACGCGAUUGAAGAUAGUUGGACAUAUUUUGGGAGACCGAUAAGGAUCUAGUGGAGAAUAGUAUUGAAAUGGAUAAAACUUUGAGGUUGUUGAUUAAAUUGCAUGGGUACUGCACGGCCGCUGCCUGUGGUGCGUUUGUAAUCUGGUGGACCUGGUUUGCGCUGGACCCGGAGCAGUCGGUUGGAUUCGUGAAAGCGUACAAUAUCCGAUACUUUGGAAUACCAGCUGUGAUUUUCGGCGUCAUUUGGCUUCUAUCCUGCCUUCUUUUGAUGAUCGGUAUAUUCGAGGAGAAGCAGUUCUUGCUGUGCCCUUUCGCGUCGAUGUUUUUGAUCGACUUCGGCAUACUGCUAAGUCGAGAUGUGUUCCUAGUGGUUAGUGAAUCUGCCUUCGACAAGACAGUCUUUUUCAACGUUUCAUCGUUAAGCAGAACCCAUCUGCCGUUUGUGUUAUUCAUUGUACCAAACAUCGCCUUCAGUUUGCUGGCAUUGAUGCGGAUAUUUCGGCACGAAUCGGACUCCGAGAUGGAUGUGGAAUUUACAGUAACUAGUUCAAAAGAUUAGUCUCAUACUCACCAAAACCUCGCUCAUCAUUUCACCAACAAGAACACACCAAGUCAAUAAACUAAUGUUUAAGUGUUAUUGUAUUCAU